AAACUUAAGGGAGCGUUUUUUCAUUUCUGAUGAAAAGCACAAAGUUAUCAGAUUCGCAAACCCACAUCCGCAAUCCCUAACCCCGUCAACAAUUCCCCGUCGACUGCCGUUGCGAUUUCUAUUCUCCGGCCGGCGAACUUCUUUGCUACUGCCACUGAUCUGCCUCAAUUACCGACGGAUUUUGAAGCAUCAGAAAAGAAGUGUCCAGGAUUGACCAUUCUAACAAAUUGUCCAUAUUGUCUAUCUGGGUGGCCAACUCUAAUAAACGCUUGGGGAAGCCCUCAAGCAAGAUUUUUUUGAGAGUAACAAUUCCUUUCGCUUUAGGAAAACUUGUUGGUCACGGAUUAAUUCGUUCUGUGCCCCAGCAGCCUCAACUCAAAGUCACAGGUUAAUCUCUCUGGUUGAGGCGCGUCAAUGGAAUUGAAUGCUGACGAGACUACAGCAAGGACAAUAAACCCCAGGAAGGCGGAUGUUGGGGGUAAACCCUUCAUACUCAUCAUUUGUGGCAGCCUCGUUUACUACCACUGCGCCUAUCGGAAUUCAAGUCUUGUCUCUCUUGUCUCAGACGUCUUCAUUGUACUCCUCUGUUCCCUCGCCAUUCUUGGCCUUCUCUUUCGGCAGAUGAACAUCUCGGUUCCUGUGGAUCCGCUUGAGUGGCAGAUCUCUCAGGACGCUGCCAACAGUGUCUUUGCUUGCCUCGCUAAUACUAUAGGUGCUGCUGAGUCUGUUCUCCGGGUUGCUGCUACAGGCCAUGACAAACGCUUGUUCUUUAAGGUUGUGGUUACUCUUUAUGUGUUAUCAGCUCUGGGAAGGAUAGCGUCGGGUGUUACUAUUGCCUAUGCUGGACUCUGCUUUCUUUGUCUUUAUAUGCUUGCUGAGAACUUGCAAUUGAUUAGCUCGAGGAAUCCGAGGAGAAGGGACUGCACGAACACAGUUCAGGAUGACUAAAUUUAAUUUGAUCUGUCAAAAAGGAAGGAGGUGAUGCUUUGUUCGCAAUACCUUGCGCUCAAUUUUGCCAGGUCUGUCGCGUGUUUUGUCCAAAUUAAGGUGAAUAUUCUCUUUCGACAGGAUGUCUUAUGAUUUCCUUGUCUCUGUAAUGUAUUCCCAGUCCGGUGAUGACUAUUUCCCCAGUUAAGAAGGAUACAUGAUAUAAGUUGUUAGCUCGUUGUUAAUAAUGCCAGUUUGCAAACACUUGUGAUGUGAAUUCAAAACUAAGUACUUUAUUAUGAUA